AUGAGUCAAACCGCCGGAAUCCAAACGGCAUCACCAAGAGCAUUAAGGAGCAGGAAUAAAACAUCCAGAUUGGAUGUGCAAAGUAUACCUGUAACAACACGAGCUUCAAGUACUCAGCCAUUCGAAGAUGCUCUAACAGGUGAAGAAGAGCAACACCAACAAAGUGACGCAGAUGCUUUAGAGUUCCCUCAAUCCAAUCAAAAUGCAGCAAAUCAACAUGCUCUUGAAUUCGAUCAGAAUAACCGAUUACGUAGAGCAGAUCCAAAUCGGACACCUACUAGAUUCCCCACAAGACCGGUUAAUCGAACACAGGUAGAAGUUCAAUUUGACGAAAAUGAUCCAGAUACGUUCUUAGAACGACUCACUGCGAGCGGUCAAGGAAGAAGAACAAGAAGAACACAGUCGUCUCAACCUCCGUCUGAUGCUCAAACGCAAACGAAUGAUCUUGACACAUCGUCAAAGAGAUACAAUUUGAGACGUCAGCCCUCUUCAACACCAAACGCCGAAAAAAAUAAAAAGUCCCCCUCUAAUAAGAUAAAUCGUCUAUUCAGAGGGCCUAUUGGAAGCGAAGAUGAAGAAGAAGUGGAGAUUGAAAGUGCAGAAAGUGAAGAAGAGGAGGUUGGAGGAAACAAUGAAGAACAAGAAGAAGUUGGAGAUGGUAUUGAAGAAGCUGAAAGCUUACAGGAAAACCAAGAGAACAAUGAUGAAGAUGGCGAGGAGACGGAGGAGGAGGAUAUCGUAAUGCAAGAAGGAGGAGAGCAUCAAGAGGCGGAAAGGAGAAAGAUUUCUGUCCAGCGAGACCAGACUGAAUCAACAUCUUCACUUGAACGUGAAGAAGCAAGAAGAGAAGAUGAAGAGGAAAUGGACGAAUUGGAGGAAGCUGAGGAUGAAGAAGCUGUAGCCGCUACUCUUGAACCGCAGAGAGAAUCGACAUCGCCAUCAAAUUAUGAACCAGAUAACGAAGGCAACAAUGGCGAUGACGACGAUGAUUACCAAGAAUUUCCAAAUGACAAUGCUGACGAUGACGAUUUUGAGGAAAAUUUGGAUGAAGAAGCCGCUCGAAAACACAGAGCACAAACAUUAAAGAGAAGGCAAAGCAGAAGGGAGGAGCAAAACAGUCCGGCAAAAAAAGUGCAGCAGCAGGAAGAAUCUGAUGAAGAAGCAAGUGAGAUCGAACCCGAUGAGUCGGAAAGAGCUGCACAAAAUUCGCAAAUCGUGACGAAAUAUCGAUACACAAUCGGCCAGAAUAAUGUUGGUCGAAAGAAGUGGACAAAUGAAGAAACACAAUGUCUAAUGUCAGCAAUGGAUUCGAUCAUGACAGGAGAAGAUGCAAAGUUAAAGUUGCGGCCAUACUUUGCAGUCUUGCAACUUCAUGGAGAAAGAGGAAGUAUUGAUAAUCUAUUGGCCACGAGAAAUAAUAUGCAACUGAAGGACAAAGUACGAAAUGAAAUUCUACGAUUGAAGAGGGGAGGCACUGAGGUUCCGGAAUGGGCUGAUAGGCUUUUUCGCACCAUCUGA